CUAAUAUUCUAUCGCAGGGCACGCAGGGAAAUCGGCGUUGUACGCAUGUGCUGCGCUGCUGCCGAAAACGCGCCAAAAGAAAUUAAUAACAAGCGGCGUAGGGGAAACGAAAAAUAUGGCUUCAAACAACAGGGUCCCUUUGCAGUCGAGAAAUCUGCCGUGGGUAGAAAAAUACAGGCCACAGAAGCUUGAUGAUUUAAUAUCACACCAGGAUAUUCUUAGUACAAUUCAGCGCUUUAUCAAAGAAGACAGACUUCCACAUUUGCUAUUCUAUGGUCCUCCCGGGACUGGAAAGACAUCUACGAUUCUGGCAUGUGCAAAACAAUUAUAUAAGGAUAAAGAAUUUAAUUCCAUGGUUUUGGAGCUAAAUGCUUCUGAUGACAGAGGUAUAGAUGUAGUACGGGGACCUAUUUUGAGCUUUGCAAGCACCAGAACAAUCUUCAAAAAAGGCUUUAAAUUGGUCAUAUUAGAUGAAGCAGAUGCCAUGACUCAAGAUGCCCAAAAUGCUUUAAGAAGAGUGAUCGAGAAGUUUACAGAGAAUACAAGAUUCUGUUUAAUCUGCAACUAUCUUUCAAAGAUAAUUCCAGCGUUGCAGUCUCGGUGCACAAGGUUCAGGUUUGGCCCACUUUCCCAGGAACAGAUGAUCCCCAGACUGGAAUAUGUCAUAGAACAGGAGAAUGUUGAUACAAGUCCAGAUGGGUUGAAGGCUCUUGUGAAUCUGUCAUCAGGUGAUAUGCGACGAUCUCUAAAUAUUUUACAGAGUACCCAUAUGGCAUAUGGAGUAGUUACUGAAGAAACAGUCUAUAUGUGUACUGGUCAUCCUCUGAAGUCUGAUAUUGCUAACAUUCUGGACUGGAUGCUAAACAAAGACUUCACAACAGCAUACAACAACAUUAUGGAACUUAAAACUGUGAAAGGUUUGGCUCUGCAUGACAUUCUAACUGAGAUUCAUCUCCUGGUACACAGAGUUGACUUUCCAGCUUCGGUGCGAAUUCAUUUGCUUGUCAAGUUGGCAGACACAGAAUACAGACUGGCUUCUGGAACAAGUGAGAAAAUCCAGCUGAGCUCCAUGAUUGCAGCUUUUCAAGUGGCCCGAGAUAUGGUGGUAGCUGAAGCCUGAUUGUUUGUUGGAAACAUAGAUGGUAAUAAACAACUAGAGUAUGAAACAAGAAUGUCUGUUUUUAUCAAUAGUUGUGGAAUAUGUUUAAUUUGUAAAUAUGGUAAAUUCUCAUUCUAGUGAAGCAAUCUCAUUGUAAAGUUUGCAUAAAUAAAUGAAAAACAAAUUUGAAGAAGAA